AUGGAUUCCAAUGACGACCGAAAACAACAAGAGCACAAUGACCCCAUAAGAGAUCAGGAAGAAGUAAAUGCUUCAGGUUCGGAGAAACCAGUGGAUCCAUCUGCAUCGGAUGCUGAUCGAUCUUCCCACUCAAAGGAAGAGGAGGAGAAGAAGGAAACAACAGGUGGUGUUGAAGAACAAGAACAAGACGAGAACACCAACGACAACGCUUCAAAUGUAUGGACUGCAGCAUGGGAUGAGAAUUCUCAAGCGUAUUACUGGUGGAAUAUGAUGACAUAUGAGACGACGUGGGACAAUCCAUAUGAGAAGAAUGCUUUGGACAAAGUACUCGAUCAAGUAGAUGCUCAACAAGAGGAGAGCGGUAGUACAGCAGCAUCUUCACCCUCGACAACACAACAACAACAACAUGCCGAAGCAUACCAACAUAGUGCAACAGCAACACCUACAGCAGCAACACCCUCCUUUGCCAAUCAAUCCUAUACAUAUCAAGCUUAUUUUAACAAGAGGACGGGCAAGUUUCAACUGGCCAGUGAUGUGGAUCGCCUCAACCCCGAACGCAUGUCCAUUGAAAACAGAGCAAAACGACAAAUGCAAUAUUAUUUCGACGUCGAUGCUUAUACAGAAGAACGUAAUCGUGAACGAGCUGCAGGUGCUGCCGGCCAAAAGCGACAAUUAUCAAAGAAGGAUAUUGAACGAUUUAAAAGAGCCAAACAUGAGAAAAAGAUGAAACGAGCACGAGAUUGGCUUUGUGAUUAA